AUGGGCGAUAAUCAAAAACAACCAUACAAUGAAAUUGAACAAGAAAUCUUGGGACAAAUCUUGAUAUUGGAAAAAGAAUUCCGUGAUCACAAUACCUUGAUGAAAAAUGAACUUGUACAGCAAAAGGAAUUGAUCUCAAGAUUAUGGGUGUUAUCACAAAGAUACAUUUUACUUAUAAGCACUGGACCAUGUUGUAAAUUUCCGGAAAUAUAUGCUGGUCCAGCAGAGGAGACAAUUCUACAGGAAUUCUGCGAUAAGCUAAAGGCUGUUAAAUCGUCCAAUUGCCGCAUUUCCGUCUCCCUGUCCGAGCUGCGUACAUCACAUCGUCUGUUUGAGAAUUUAUGUCGAAAAUUGGACAUGAACGUUCAAUCGUUACUUAUAACCGGUGAUGCCUAUCACAAACCUUUGGAAUAUUUUAUUGAAUUAACCAGUGACUUAUUUAAAUAUUUUCAUGCGUGGAUUUUAAAAUUGAAAUAUACUUCAAAUUUAAUUGAUCCGCUCAAAUGUGAAGGCAUUGAACAUUAUAAGACAUUACUGGAACCUUCAGAGGACUUUGAAGAAUACCUUAAUGUCGGCUUGACCUAUUGUAAAUGUUUGAGACCAAAAGCCACGUGCUAA